AUGCUCUUUGCCAAGUAUCUGAUUUUCUCUUCCAUGGUGUUGGGAGCACAGUUAUCUCUGUACCCGACUCAGCAAUUCCUGUUUGUCGAAAUUAGUGCUACGGCAAAGAUCCCUUGUUCUUCCAAAGAAAAACUGGAAGGAGGUGGCAUUUCGGUUUAUUGGUACAGGAGAAGAGAAGGUGAGGGGCCCACCUGCAUCAAGAAAUGCUUAAAUGAUCAAAAUGUAAGUAAGUUUGCCUGCAAACCCGAGACACACGGCAUGACACUGGAAAUCUACAACGUCCAGCAGAACGAGACUGGUGACUAUUACUGUGCAGUUAAAUCCAGCAGCUAUCUGAUUUUCGGCAAUGGAUCCACACUGAUUGUUGGAGACAGCUACACCGCGAGCAGCUGCGUUUUGCUUCUGGUUCCAUCUCCCCACAGCCUCAUUUCCACUGGGAUGGUUGAUCUGGCUUGCAUUGUCCACGGAGUCUCCAACCCAGUCCAAAUUUCCUGGAAUAUUUCUGGGGAUCGGCAGGAACAGGCACGAAUGCGAUCACUGAAAGCAAAGGAUGGAUCCUUAAUGCUCAUAAGUCACAUUAGCAUCCCAAAAGACACCUGGACCAGUGUGAAAAUUUUCACAUGUGAAGUCAAAUUCAACUCUUCUGGCAACAGAGUUAAGAAAAGUGCCAGGUAUUUUGAACUCCAUCCCAGCUGGUGUGUGCCGCAGAUAUUGCACCACGUGGUGGCAGUUUUCCUGUUGGGGUUGAUGGUGUCUCUGAGUCUGGCUUGGAUUCGCCGCUGUUCCACUCCAGGUAAUCAACACAUCACAGUCCAUGCUAGAUGGAGAGACCUAUAG